CCAGCCCAACCCGCAGCUGCGGCGGCCGAGCCUGUGAGCGGCGGCGGCGCUCCGAGCCGGCUCCUGACCGCCCUCCGCCGCUGCCCAGUUUCUCACUUGGUCCGGGUGUCCACGCCUGGUUCGGCCAGCCCUCACCCGCCGCCGCUUUCCCCGCCAUGGCCCUGGUACGGGGCGCCGAGACGGCGGCUGGGCCCUCCCGCUGGCUACCCACGCACGUCCAGGUGACGGUGCUGCGGGCUCGCGGGCUGCGGGGCAAGAGCUCGGGCGCGGGCAGCACCAGCGACGCGUAUACGGUGAUCCAGGUGGGCCGUGAGAAGUACAGCACGUCGGUGGUAGAGAAGACGCCGGGAUGCCCCGAGUGGCGCGAGGAGUGCUCCUUCGAGCUGCCGCCCGGCGCCCUGGACGGCCUGCUGCGGGCGCAGGAGACCGACGCGGGCCCGGCGCCCUGGGCCGCGGGCUCCGCCGCCGCCUGCCAGCUAGUGCUUACCACCAUGCACCGCUCGCUCAUCGGCGUCGACAAGUUCCUGGGCCAGGCCAUGGUGGCGCUGGACGAGGUCUUCGGCGCAGGCCGCGCCCAGCACACACAGUGGUACAAGCUGCACUCGAAGGCAGGCAAGAAGGAGAAGGAGCGUGGAGAGAUCCAGGUCACCAUCCAGUUCACGCGCAACAACCUCAGCGCCAGCAUGUUUGACCUGUCUGUGAAGGACAAGCCUCAGUCCCCCUUCAGUAAGAUCAAGGACAAGAUGAAGGGCAAGAAGAAGUUUGAUCUGGAAUCUGCCUCUGCCAUCCUCCCGAGCAGCGCCCUGGAGGACCCUGAGCUGGGCAGCCUGAGCAAGAUGGGCAAAGCCAAAGGCUUCUUCCUCCGCAACAAGCUGCGAAAGUCUUCCUUGACCCAGUCCAGCACCUCGCUAGGCUCGGACAGCACCCUGUCCUCAGCCAGUGGGAGCCUGGCCUACCAGGGCCCCGGGGCCGAGCUGCUCACUCGCUCGCCCAGCUGCAGCAGCUGGCUGUCCUCCGAAGGGGGCAGGGACUCUGCACAGUCCCCCAAGUCGCUCACCCGUAAAAGGACCUACAUCGAUGUGGCCAGCCAGGUGCGAGCCGCUCCUCCCCGGGCCCUUCUUGACCUUCAGGGCCACCUUGACGGGGCCCCCUGCUCCUCUCUCUGCGUCAACGGGAGCCACAUUUACAGUGAGGAGCCCCAGGGGCCCCUGCGGCACCGCAGCUCCAUCUCGGGCCCAUUUCCACCCUCUGGCCCCCUGCACACUGUCUCCUCCCGGCCUGCUGAGGAGGGGCCGCGCUCUGCGGAUGACUCCUGGGGCAGAGGCAGCCGCCGCACCGGCAGCUCAGAGGCUGUGCCUGGACAGGAGGAGCUGAGCCCGCAGGUGCUGGCCGUCGGGGCCCGCUGCUCUGGAGAGGAGGAGGGGGCCUGGCCCUCAGAGGGGAGGCUGGUGCAGGUCGCCACACCCAUGGUGGCCUCCUCUGAGGCUGUGGCCGAGAAGGAGGGAGCCCGGAAGGAGGAGCGGAAGCCCCGGAUGGGCCUUUUCCACCAUCAUCACCAGGGGCUGAGUCGGAGCGAGAUGGGGCGCCGAGGCUCUCUGGGGGAGAAGGGGGUUCCCACUCUGGGGGCCUCCCCACACCACUCAUCCAGUGGGGAGGAAAAGGCCAAAAGUAGCUGGUUUGGCUUGAGAGAAGCCAAGGAACCAACUCAGAAACCCAGUGCCUCGAGGGCCAGCCCCACUCCCCUGGCCUCCCCUGGGAAAGCCCCGCCUGAGUGGGACGACACCUUCAACAUCUUUGCUGCCAGCAGGCUGCGUCCAGAGGCCAGGAGAGAGAUCCUGGCCCCAGCAGGAGUCGGGCUGGAGGCGACUGGGCAGCAACACCCAGGCCCUGAGGCCGUGACAAUGAAAGCAGCUGAGCCCCAGGGAGACCCUGGGGGAGGAGAAAGAGGUGGGAGCAGCGUGUGGCUGGAGCCCAGAGUUCCUCUGGACUUGGGACUGGACCAUCAGAGCACGAGUGUGGUUGACCUGGGGCCCUUUGGGGCAGAACGGGCCUGCCUGUCCUCCGCGUCAGCCCAGCUGCACCUGGGAGCCUCAGACUCUGAAGCAGACAGGGAGUUGCCAGCCCCAGGAGGAGAAGCAGGGCAGAGUCUGGCAGACAGUGCGACGUCUCGGUUUAGCUCCCCAGAAGUGAUCAGUGUGUGGGAGAGGCUGCCUGGCCCAGACAGUGCCCCUGAGGGCCAGGACAAGGAGGCCUCCCGAGGUGGUAGCCAGCUUUUCCACGAGCUCGACACAGUCGACGAUUCCUGGCCGUGGGAUGUGGUCACCGUUUCUCCUGCAGCUGAGGCUUCCUCACCAGUCCUGCGGGGAGAGUCCGAUGAGCCGCGCACUCCCCAGAUGCAGCCAGAGUCACCAGAACCUGUGAGCCCCAAGAGGAGUGAGGGGCUUCCCCCACUGGAGCCGGCGUCAGAGCCCAAACCUGAGUGGGUGUUGGACGAGGGGCUGCAGCCCAACACAGCACCUCCCAAGCCACCGCGUCUCCUCACACCCUCAGAUUCCCAGGAGAAGGAGGCAGCGGUGGAGGAAGAGAAGGAGAAAGCGGCAGGGGGGCUGAGUAGCUGGGGGUCAGAGAUGGGAGGAGAAGAUGUCUUCCCAAGUGCGUUGAUUGCUGGUCCCCAGGAGGCCGAGGAGGAGGAGGAGGGCGAGAAGCCCGAGUCAGAGUCUGACAGCCGCUCUGGAGCCACGCUGGGUGGGCCAGGCCUGGAAGAUCUAGCAGAGGAUGCCAGCCGUCCUGUGUCUGGGCCCUGCCUAUCUCGGCCCACCAGCUGCCCUCGGGGUCCUGCCCCUACACCUUCAAAGACCUUGGCUCUUCAGAAUCAGCAGAUCUGGGGGGCUCCAGAGAGAGGAGAAGGCCCUGAGGCUCCUGAGGCCCAGAGCCAGGAACCAGUAGGAGAGGCAUGUGGGUUCCUGUCAGGCAGCUCCCAACAGGCUGACCUGUGGGUCUCGGAAGAGGAUGCCUUGAACCCCUUUUUGCCUCAGGGGAGCCAGGAUCCCCCCAGCCUCCCAUCCACAUCCCUUCCAGGGUCCAGGGACCCUUCCGUCCACUGUGGUUCCGAAGAGCUGCCCACCCCCACAGAACCUGCCUUUCCACAGCCCCCUCUCCCACCCUGGGCUAGCCGCCACCACGGGGGGCCCAGCCCUCCAUGCUCGCCCCUGCCUGGAGCCUGGCCCCUGACCUCUUCCUCCCCGCCCCCCAGGGAGCCAGCCUCCCCCACUGAAAGCUCCCCCCCUCCACUUGGGGAGGACCACGCUGCAGUCACCCCAGGCUCCCCGCUUGCGCUUCUGCCCUUGGAGACACGACCAGCUGAGGAGCCACAGCCCAGUGCCAGUCCCCACCCUGUGAAGCCCCUCAGUGCUGCCCCAGUGGAGGGCAGCCCUGACAGGAAGCAGCCCCGCUCCAGCCUGAGCACAGCCCUGAGCAGCGGGCUGGAGAAGCUCAAGACAGUCACAUCUGGCAGCAUUCAGCCUGUGGCUCCGGCUCCCCAGGUUGGCCAGAUUGUGGACACCAAGAGGCUGAAGGACUCCGGUGUGCUGGACCAGUCGGCCAAAUACUACCACCUGACCCACGACGAGCUCAUCGGUCUGCUCCUGCAGCGGGAGCGGGAGCUGAGCCAGCGGGACGAGCACGUGCAGGAGCUAGAGAGCUACAUCGACCGGCUGCUGGUGCGGAUCAUGGAGACCUCGCCCACACUGCUGCAGAUCCCCCCUGCUCCCCCCAAGUAGCCCUCUUCACCCCCAUCCCCAGAGGCUUGGCGCAGACCCACUACCCAGCAGGGCUUGCGCCCUCCCUCCCUCCCUCCCGCUGAACUCUCACCUGGGUCUGGGUGCAGCCUGUCCUCUGUUGUCACCCUUUGUUCCCCCUCUCUCCUGCCUCAACUGGGGCUGCUGGCAAGGGAGCCCUUUGGAUGCCCAUUGGCACCAUAAAGUUCUGUGUACAA